CACCCAAAAAUACAGCGAGCUAUCUGUUGUGUGGUGAGACAACAACAGCUGAAACGGGGAGUGGGAAGGUUAGCCUUCGCAGUGCAGUACAGCUAGCUGCGUUUCAAAACAGAUUUGUCAAAGGUACUUCUAAAAGCAAAAUGAACGUCGGAGUGGCCCACAGUGAAGUAAACCCCAACACUCGAGUUAUGAACAGUCGAGGCAUUUGGUUAACAUACGCUCUUGGUGUCGGAAUGCUUCACAUUGUCCUGCUAAGCAUUCCUUUCUUCAGUGUUCCUGUCGUGUGGACACUCACAAAUGUUAUACACAAUUUUGGAAUGUAUGUGUUCAUGCAUGCGGUGAAGGGAACCCCGUUCGAGACCCCUGACCAGGGCAAAGCCAGACUCUUAACACACUGGGAACAGCUAGACUACGGCGUGCAGUUCACAUCAUCCAGGAAAUUCUUUACCAUCUCUCCCAUAAUUUUAUACUUUCUCGCCAGCUUCUACACAAAAUAUGACCCGACACACUUCAUUGUAAACACAGCCUCGCUCCUGAGUGUUCUGAUCCCAAAGCUGCCACAACUACACGGUGUCCGAAUCUUUGGGAUCAACAAGUAUUAAAUGUGGAGCUCUUGGGAGUCGCAUUUCUGACCCGAUUCUCAGCCACAAGUUAUUGCUUCAUACUGUGGGGUGGUGAAUAGGAAAACCUUUGUACGGCGGUGGUGUAUACUUAGCAGUUUUGUACUGUCUGUUAUAAUUGUCCCUUUCAUUACUUGGAUACAUCGGGAGAAACUAUAACAGGGAUAUGGACAGAGGAGAAUGCCAUGUGCAUUACUAACUUAAGUAAAAAAAAAAAAAAAAAAAAAAUGUUUUGGUCCUCAUGGAUCUGGGCUGGCCCAGGUUUCGGAGUUUAUGACUGGUGACUGUUUUUGUUCGUUUAUUUUUUUUUGUUUCUUUUGUUAUUUUCAAUUAUUGCUUAAUAGCCCUCUGCACAGUGGGGAUAGAAAUGUUUUGUUUCAGUGUAACAUUUCUGGAUAUGUUCUUAAACUAAGCCACGAAAAACUACCUUUUAAAAAUUGUUUGUUUCACAAGGACAGGAACCCGUGGUUCAUAACGAAGUACGAGACUCUGCUGUGAGGUUUGACCCCCCUCCGCGGUGGUCUGUCAAGAGAAAUGUGUUUUUGCAUGAUAUCCUUGUUAAAAUGAAUCCUUUGUCUUUGGUCAAUCAAGUGAGCAGCAUCAGUGUAUAUAAUUUUUUUUCUACGUUUCUUGUAUUGACUCUUAAUCACAAAGAUGAUUAACAAGGAUGAAGUGUUUACUUAAAAGGUCUGAGGUAUGUUUUAUGUACUGACAUUCAUUUAACUGUUUAGAACUUCAUAAAUUUACUCUGGAUGUUGUUACCAAGGCAGCUAGUCAUUCUUGGCCUCUGCGCAUCCAUAGUAUUCUUGGGACUCAGAAUACCCUUGUAUGUGAGAUCAUUAAAAACAAUUCUGCCCUUAA